AUGGUUAGGUUUCAACAAAGCAAAUCAAACAUUCCAGGAACCAGCUCAGUUAAACUUGAGAAAGGAAUAGUGAUUGAUAAUGAUGAGAUUUGUGAUACAGUCGGGCAAUCAAAAUUUGUUCUGAAGAACCUUCAGCAUUACACGGUCCAUCCGAAUUUGGCCCAGUACUAUGAGCCUUUGAAGCCCACAGCCCUGCAGAAAUUCCUGGCUCGAAACAGGAAAAUCAGAAGCUUCAUGUUAAAAGUAGCAGAGUACGAUCAGGAUAAGACCUUACUGAUUAUGACCAACAACCCACUUCCCUGCCCAACUGACCAGCAAGGAAAGGACAUGGCCCCAAAAUACUUUUCCAAGGAGUUGCUACUCAAGGUAAUGACACAUGGGGAAGAAAGUUAUCGGCACAAACCCCCUGAGAACUUCUGCCUACCCCUGAUGUCUCAGAAAAAAAAGUUAAGGUCUGGGCUGAAACCAACCUUUCCUAUGACCCUGUUGGAGGAUCCUACAUCCAAGCGAGAACAGUGGUUUAGGUUUUCCACCAACAAUGAUUUCAAGAGUGAAGGGAAGUAUUUAAAGGUCUAUGCUUUGAGGAAACAGAAAAAAAUGUACCCCCAGCUCAACUUUGCUUCAGUCUGUAAAAGAGAUAUGAGGAAAGAUGUCGCCAAGUCAGGGAGUGACCUGCCGACUUCCAAGCUGAUGUGGGAACCACUAACCCUUUCGUCGCUCCUGGAAGAGAAACUCACCAGAACUGUGCCAGGGGAGAGCACCUUCCGCAAUGGAAGGGCCCAGCAGUGGGUUAUAAAAAACGCCACAGUCGUCAAGUGA